ACCUGACCUGGCUGCAGGCCUGUGUACUCUGGCAGCUGUUUGUGGGAUUGAAACUGACGUGUUUCUGAUAAGUAGCUGCUUUGUGACAGUGCCACGUUGUCAAACAUACCUGGUCCUGCCUGGCUGUCUCACAGACCUGCAGCAGGACCCCUGACUGCAGACAUGGCGGGACUCAACGCGUCUCUGGGAUACUUCCUGGCCAUAGUGGUGUCUGUGGCCUCGGUCCAGAUGCUGCUCAGAAAGCAUCCGCGGCUCAGCUCGCUGUUGGAGUUGGCCUCGUCGUUCAUGCUGGUGGCGUGCCGGCUGGAGGUGCAGACCAUAGUGGAGGUGGGCGAGUGGGCCGGGGGUCUGGGUCCUGAUGUGACUGUGACUAUGCUGUUUGUGGUGCUGCUGACUCACGGUGUGAUCUGUGGUGGAGCUUCAGGGAAUCCCAGCCUGGUGCUGCAGCAGUUCCUGCAGCUGGAGACCCCCACCCUGCCCACCCUGCUUGCAGUUGCAGCCCAGUUUGUGGGCGCURACCUGGCCCUGCUGGCAGCCGGCUACUACUGGAGCCUGGAGCUGACGGACAUGCACCUGAUCAAGAACCUGAUGUCCGCUUCCUGCAGCACGUCCCUGCUGGUCCCGGUGGUCCAGGGCUUUAUGACCGAGUGUGCCUGUGCACUGGUUUUUCAUCUGGUUCAGUUAAACCUGCGACACAGGUCUGCUCUGAUCAGGGUCCCUCUGACCGCAGUCCUGCUCACGUUCUUGUCCCACACAGCCCGAGGAUUCACCUCAGCUUUCAUCAACCCAGCUGUGGCGUACGGACUGACCUUCCACUGCCCUGGAUUCACUCUCACAGAGUACACAUUGGUGUACUGGCUGAGCCCCCUGACAG